AUGGACAGGCAUUUGGAGUCAAGUACGCAAGAUCAAUGGCCCGAGCUUUUCAAGGUAUUGUAUGGUAAAUUCAAGCAGAUAAAUACACAUUUAACUUUCCUAUCAUCGCAUUCGAGAACGACCAUCCCUACAUUUGAAGUUAUAUCUAAAUUGAAUAAAGACAUCAGUCAGCUAGAUUUAAGUGUUAUUAAAAACAUAUUUCCACGCGGAGAUGUAUUUUAUGAUUAUGUUGAUGAAAAUCAAGUCAGAUUAGGGCUUAUUGAAAAAGUUGAAUUUAGCUGGGAAAAGGGGUAUAAGCAAAAGGAGGCAUCAAGCAUCGAUGAAGUUUACGAGGAUGUUGAGAAUCAAAAUAAACGGAAACAGUCGGAGGAUAAUCAGCUACUCGUAUUUGAGUUUCGAGAUGUGAAAAUGAAUAGUAUUGGUAAAAAGAUUUCAAAUAAAGGAUGGCAAAAAUAUUCCAAACAAAAACAGAAGCAAACCAAUGAUUUCUUCUUGGAAAAUAAAGAUAUGAAUAUGGACUUGCUUACAACCUCACAAAUCGUGAACAUUUUAAAUUCAAGAAACAGGAAAUUUGAGAAUUAUGUUGGCGAAUUCUUGAAGUCUAAUAAACCAUUGAAAGACUUCGAGGACGAAUGUCGAAAUUCCAUUCCUAAACCUCCUGAAUUCGAAGACCCAAUUGACCAACUUAAGAAGCGACGUGAUACCAAGGACGAUUACAUGGAGAAACCAACUGUUGAUAAGAUGAUUGAUACUUUGAAAACUUCCGAUAAUUAUAGAAAUCAAAUAGUAUCGACCCAUAUUUUGAACGAAGCUCUCCCAGCUAGAACGGCAGAACUAGUGUUAGAUGCAGAUGAUGGUACUCAAAUCAUUCAUCCGGAGUUGGAAGAAGCAUUAUUUCAGUAUAAGGGAAUCGAUAUAAGCCAUGAUUUGUAUAUACACCAAGUUGAAGCAUUGAAACAUAUUAUGUAUGAUGCAUAUAAUGGGAAGCAUGUUAUAAUAACCACACUGACAUCGCUGGGGAAAUCAUUGAUUUAUCAGAUCCCUAUAAUCAAUGACUUACUAUGGGAUAUCACCAAUGAAGCCAAUAUAAAGAAAAGAUCAACGACGGCGUUUUUCAUAUUCCCAACCAAAGCCUUGGCCCAGGAUCAAAAAAGACACUUGGAGACGUUUUUAGAGUAUAUUCCAAGUUUAACGCAGAAAAGGAAAAUCUUAAUUGAUUUAUAUGAUGGAGAUACCCCGUACGAAACACGGAAACGAGUCAGAAGAUAUUCAGAUAUAAUUUUCACCAACCCGGAUACGAUCCACGCAUCGAUUCUCCCGAAUUUUGAUAAGAUGUAUGGAGAACAAAGAGACUGGGAGGAUUUUCUACUCAAAUUGAAGUACGUUGUUGUGGAUGAGUUACACGUAUAUAAGGGGACAUUUGGGGUGAAUGUCAGUUAUGUGAUGAGUCGAAUGCAGCGAAUCAAGUAUCACUUAUUGGUGAACGAUACUGCGGGUUGUGGGCAUAAUAUACAAUUUAUCUCGUGUUCGGCAACGAUUCUGAAUCCAACCAACCACUUUCGAACAAUCUGUGGAUUGUCAGAUUUAAAGGAGAUUGUUCAUGUUAAAGACGAUGGUAGUCCCAUGGGGAUGAAGAAAUUAGUCGUAUGGCAGCCAUCAGCUUUGAUGAACAAAAGAGGAGAGGAGAUCCAAAGUCAGAUAAAAAGCUCGAACGAAGUGAUCAAGCCCCAGCCAAUGGUCCCAAGAGAGCAUAUUAUACCCACCCUGGCCAAGAUAUUAGUCAGGUUGUUGAGCGAACAUCCCAAUAUUAAAUGUAUAAUUUUUUGUCCGAUUCGACAAGUCUGUGAGAUGUUAAUGAAGGAAGUCAGGCAACUAAUCAGGGACACCGAGAUCAGCAAUGAGGAUAUUAUGUCAUACCGAGGGGGUUAUUCCGCCGGUGAUCGAAGAGUUAUUGAACGGAAUAUGUUUGAAGGGAAAUUGAAAGCCAUAAUUGCCACCAAUGCAUUAGAGUUGGGGAUUGAUUUAUCGGGAUUGGAUGUUGUGAUGACAGUCGGGUUCCCCAUGCUGAAGCUGAAUCUACAUCAACAGUUUGGACGGGCCGGUCGAUCAGGAAUGAGUAGUUUAGCGAUAUUUGUUGCCGGGAAUACCCCAGUCGACGAAUAUUACAUAAAGAACUCGCAAGAGUUGACUGAGAAAAACUACGAGGAUCCGUGUGUCGAAGGAAUCCGGCAGAAUGCCAUGGCUUUGGAGAACCACUUACAUUGUGGAGCUAAAGAAAUCGGCAUCAAAUUACAAGAUGUUAGUUGGUUUUGCAAUGACGAAACAUUAUUCCAGCAAACUCUUACGGAGAAACUCCAAUACGAUUCAGUCAACGAAACCUACAUUAGUCGAGUUGAAACCCCCCAUUUGAGUUUCAGUAUCCGAGUAAUUGAAGAUGAAAAAUUUGCAGUUAUUGAUAUAACCAACCAGCGAAAUUUCAUAAUCGAAGAAAUCGAAGCGCUGAGAACCAGUUUCACCCUCUACGAAGGAGCGAUUUUCCUCCAUCAAGGGCUAACCUACUUGGUGAAGGAAUUCAAUUACGAGUCGAAAUACGCCAAAGUGGUUCGCGUCAAAGUGGACUGGACAACGAGUCAGCGAGAUUUCACCGACGUGAACCCCAUUGAAAUCGAAUUAAUCAAAUGCUUGCAAAACGGUAAGGAUGUACCGAUUUUUUUCGGGAGAUUUGAAAUCAUCAUCAUUGUAUUUGGGUAUUUCAAAAUCAACAGACGCGGAGAAAUCCUUGAAGCGAUUGAAGUUAAAAACCCGCCAAUUAAACUCUACAGUAAAGGGCUUUGGAUAGACAUUCCGCAAUGGGCAAUUGAUUUGAUCAAACACAAGAACUUGAAUAGCGCCGGCGCCAUUCAUGCUGCUCAACACGCCAUCAUGAAUGUCUUACCGGUCUAUAUCAGCGGGAGUGUUGGCAGUGACUUGGGAGAUGUUGAAUUGAGUACCGAGUGUAAAGCCCCGGAAAAAGAAUUUGCAUCCAGAUUAUCUAAUCGCCGGCGUCCUGCCCGGCUAGUGUUCUACGACCUGAAAGGCGGUCACUUGGGCACCGGCAUCUCCUUAAAGACAUUCGAAUACAUUGAUCAAAUCCUACGGGCCACCUAUGAUCUCAUCACCACUUGCGAUUGUGAAUGGGGGUGUCCCAAAUGCGUAUGCGGAAGUUUCUGUAAAGAGCUCAGUCAAGUGAUUCUGAAACCGGGGUCAAUCAUCAUCAUCGGGGUGCUACUAGGCAUUGACCAAUCAACAUUACAACAAGUUCAAGACGGUCCUGAGCUCAAUAUGCCUCCCAUUGUCACCGACACCAUUCUCGGAAGCGGCAGCAGUGGGAUCAAAAUGAGUAAAGACGUGCAAGUCAUCGAGCCAAUGUCUCAAAUUUCUCAAAAGUAA